AUGCGUUCCUCCGGCCUCUACGCCGCCCUUCUGGGCUCCCUGGCCGCGUCCACCCACGCCAUCGUCCAUGAGAAGCUGGCUGCCGUGCCCUUCGGCUGGCACCACGUCGAGGAUGCCGGCGACAGCCACCAGAUCAGCCUGUCGAUCGCACUGGCUCGCCAGAACCUGGACCAGCUCGAGUCCAAGCUCAAGGCCGUGUCGACCCCCGGGGCCGCCCAGUACGGCCAGUGGCUGGACCAGGAAGACGUCGACACGCUGUUCCCCGUCGCCAGCGACAAGGCCGUGAUCGAGUGGCUGCGCAGUGCCAACAUCACGCACAUUGCGCGGCAGGGCAGUCUGGUCAACUUCGCCGCCACCGUUGGGCAGGUCAACCAGCUGCUCAACACGACGUUCGCCUACUACCAGAGUGGACGGUCCCAGCGGCUGCGCACGACCGAGUACUCCAUCCCGACUGACCUGGCCAAGUCGAUCGACCUGAUCUCGCCGACGACCUUCUUCGGCAAGGAGAACACCAACGCGGGUCUGGCCGAGCGGGCAUACAAGCUCGACAAGCACGCGGCGCACAAGCGCUCCAACAGCUCGUCGUGCGCGGAGUACAUCACCCUGUCGUGCCUGAAGGAGAUGUACAACUUCGGCAACUACACGCCCAGCGCCUCGUCCGGCAGCAAGGUGGCCUUCUCCAGCUUCCUGAACGAGUCCGCCUCGUACUCCGAUCUGGCUGCCUUUGAAAGCCUGUACGGCAUUCCGUCUCAGGGAUUCGCCGUCGAGCUGAUCAACGGCGGCGUCAACGACCAGAAUGCCUCCACGGCGGAGAUCUCCGAGGCCAACCUGGAUGCUGAGCUGAUGAUCGGCGUGUCGCACCCCCUGCCGGUGACUGAGUUCAUCACCGCUGGUGUUCCUCCCUUCAUCCCCGAUCCCGACGAGCCGACCACCGCCGACAACGAGAAUGAGCCCUACCUGCAGUACUACGAGUACCUGCUGUCGAAGCCCAACUCGGCCCUCCCCAACGUCAUCUCCAACUCCUACGGCGAUGACGAGCAGACCGUCCCCGAAUACUACGCCAAGCGCGUGUGUAACCUGAUCGGCCUCGUCGGCCUCCGCGGCAUCAGUGUCCUGGAAUCGUCCGGUGACGAAGGAAUCGGCUCCGCCUGCAGAGCAGGAGACGGCACCAACCGACCUCAAUUCCAGCCCAUCUUCCCGGCUACUUGUCCCUACGUGACCGCCGUCGGCGGCACACAAUCCUACGCGCCCGAGAUUGCCUGGACGGGCAGCUCCGGCGGUUUCAGCAACUACUUCGAGCGGGCGUGGUUCCAGCGCGAGGCCGUGUCGAACUACCUUGCGAACCACAUCAGCGACAGCACGAAGGAGUAUUACUCGCACUAUGCGAAUUUCUCGGGCCGCGGGUUCCCCGAUGUGGCGGCGCAUAGUUAUACGCCUGGAUACAUCAUCGUCUACUACGACGAACUCUACAGCACGGGCGGCACCUCCGCCGCCAGCCCGGUCUUCUCGGCUCUCAUCGGCCUGCUCAACGACGCGCGCCUGCGCGCCGGAAAGCCAACGCUCGGAUACCUGAACCCCCUGCUUUACAGCGAGGGAUACAAGGCCCUCAAGGAUGUGACGCUGGGUCAGUCGAUCGGGUGCAAUGGGACGGAUCCCCAGAGUGGGGAGACGGUUCCCGGCGCGGGCAUCAUCCCGUAUGCGCACUGGAAUGCCACCGUGGGGUGGGAUCCGGUGACGGGGCUCGGACUGCCGGAUUUCGAGAAGUUGAAGGAGUUGGUGCUUGCUCUGUAAUUGUGGGUGAUUGAUUUUGUUUGAGUGGGGUGGAUAGGAGGGGGUUGAUGUUGAUGUUGAUGUUGAUGUUGAUGUUGAUAUGUUUGAUGUGUGUAUAUAUAUGAUGUGAUGAGAUGGCCAAUGAAUAAUUAUGCCGCUAUUGAAGAGCUGAUCUUGAUG